GGUUGAGGGUGAGGAAACCUGGGAGCUGAAGCUUCCUCCCUUCCCAGGCUUAGGAGUGCCGAAGGUGGGUCUCUCACUGCAGGGUGCUGGGGUCGCUCCCCGUACCCAGCCCCAGGGAGGGGAAGGACCGGGAACCGGGAAUGUGUGGCAGAGGCUCACUCUGCCAGGAGGAGAUGUUAGGGUAUGCGGGUGGGGUGGGGGCCUGAGGGGUGGCUUGGAGCCCUGGCAGUGGCUGCCUGACGUCACCGGCCUCUCUGGCAAUAGGCUGCGAGCUGAGCUCCCCGAAGCGGCGGCGGCGGCAGCAGCGAGGCUUGGUCUCUGGCCCCUUCACUCCGCGCCUUCUGCAGCCGCCACUGCAGCCGCGCGGCGGGGGCUCCCUCCCUGCAGCCAGCUGGUGGCCCCAGCCUGGUGCCUUGGGAGAGGAAAAGGGCGCGCGGACACGCGUUCCAGGCGGGGCCAGAGAGGAUCUCCUGGGCACCGCUCGCUUCCUGGCCGGCUUGCUUGUCCGCGGUUGCUCUCUCCGUCCUUCGCUCGCGCGUGCAUCCCCUCCCGCACCAGGGAGUAGUUUUGGGUGGCGUGGGCUCGUCCUCUUCUUUCCUGGUGGGAACGGUUGCCCAAGAGAGGAAGUCUGGUGGGCCCGGCCCCUCCCAGCCCAGCGCCGAUGAGUGCCAGGGCGCCCAAGGAGCUGAGGCUGGCGCUGCCGCCGUGUCUCCUCAACCGGACCUUUGCUUCCCCCAACGCCAGCGGCAGUGGCAACGCGAGCGCCCGUGGCCCGGGCGCGGGUGGCAGCGGUGGCGGCACCUGCAUCACGCAGGUGGGACAGCAGCUCUUCCAGUCCUUCUCCUCCACGCUGGUGCUGAUUGUCCUGGUCACCCUUAUCUUCUGCCUCAUCGUGCUGUCCCUCUCCACCUUCCACAUCCACAAGCGGAGGAUGAAGAAGCGGAAGAUGCAGCGGGCGCAGGAGGAGUACGAGCGGGAUCACUGCAGCAGCAACCGUGGCGGCCGGGGGCUACCCCCCGCGGGCGGCCAGGCUCCCACCCACGCGAAAGAAACCCGGCUGGAGAGGCAGCCCCGGGACUUGGCCUUCUGCGCCCCCUCCAACGCCUCCUCUUCGUCUUCGUCCCCUGGCCUUCCGCGCCAGGGUCCCUGUGCCGCUCCACCUCCCCCGCCGGCCCCCAGUCCGCAAGGAGCACACGCGGCCUCCUCCUGUUUGGACACAGCUGGCGAGGGCCUUUUGCAAACGGUGGUCCUGUCCUGAUUGUUUAGCCCCCGCCUUCCCCUUCCUCAUUUCCAGCAUCUUUGCCGUCCUUGCUUUUUUCCCCCCCUCCAUCUUUCUUCUUCCACUUUUCCCUGCACCCCCCUUCUUUCCCUGUCUGCUCUCCCCUUACUCUGUUCCUCCUCCGCCGAGGCACUGUGCGGCAUUUGUAAAUACUGGGCGAGGAAAGUCUCGAAGAAGAAAUAACGCUGAUAAUACUUUAUUAUUAAUAUUUAUAGUAAUUAUAUACUAAUAACACAAUCCAAGCGCAUGACAAAUCACCUAAUUUCUCAUUGUUGAUGAAGGAUGCGUCUUCCCUCUCCACCCUGCACCCUCCCCCCUACAAUAAGGAGAAGAAACCGCACAAGCUACCAAAUAUUUUUAAAAAGGCGUUGAUUCCUGGAGCAAAGGGAAUGGAGGGGGCCCGGUGUGUUGUACAUAGCUGUCAAGUUAAGGUUCACUUACCUUCCCUCCUCCCAAGCUUUCACUUUUCCUUCAGCUUCCCUCCCUUCCCCAUACCCACCCUCCGCUGGGCUCAGGCAAUACUAUAUUAUAAAGAAAACGUCUACAUUAAGCACCAGAACUACAAGAGGCCACAGAGACAGUCCCAGAAAAAUGUGUGUGACAUGUACCCAUCUCUGGCCAGUCCUCUUCCUCAGCCCUUAGUUAACCAUUCCCCUUUCUAGGACCAGGCAUUUAAAUUUACUUUCAGAAAUGUCCCUCGCUGGCUGAAAAUCUUUAAAUGAGUUGAAAGAAGAGAAAGAAAGAAUGAAAGAACAAAAAAAAAAAAAAAAGAAAGAAAAGAAAAGAAA